CGGAUUACACAUUAAGGGUUGGCUGGAUCCCAGCUCGCCGGGGAGGAGGCGUGGAGUUGGCUUUUCGCCGGCUGCCGCGACCAGGCACCUGGGAGCCCCGGCAGCCGGGCACAAGCGAGCUUUUGGGGGUGGAGGCGACAGGCCAGGCGAGCGAUCCAAAGGGCACCCCAGGAGGGGCGGGGAUGGACGGGCGUGGGGCGUGACAGCAAAUACGGUGGCGAGGAGGCGCCCCGGCCGCGGAGGUGGCCAAACGGGCCUUGCAACUGCCUCGUGGGACAAAAGUGAGCAGGCGGAGACUCGGCGAUCAUGGAAGGCAGCUGCCACCCCCAGCAGCAGGAAGCGGUGGAAGCGUGGCUGGACGAUCACGGAGACUUUACCCGCUCUUACUUUGUCCGAAAAGCCACCAGAGAGAUGGUCAAUGCAUGGUUUUCUGAGAGAGUUCAUACUAUUCCAGUGUGCAAAGAAGGGACCAAACAUCACAGUGAAGCUUGUGCUUGUUCCACACGGACUGAAAGCACUAAUUCCACACCACCGACUCGGAAGAUAUCUGCUUCUGAAUUUGAUAGACCUCUUAGGCCCAUUGUUAUAAAAGAUUCUGUUGGAACAGUGAGUUUCUUGUCAGGUACUGAAAAGAAGGAACAGAUGCCUCUCCAAUCUCGGACACUUGGAACCAAUGCAGGGGAUCAAUGCUCAAGACUCUUAGAACUGGUGAGGGAUAUUUCUAGUCACCUGGAUGUCACAGCCCUUUGUCAUAAAAUUUUCUUGCACAUCAAUGAACUCAUAGCUGCCGAUCGGUAUUCCCUAUUUCUGGUCUGUGAAGACAGUUCCAAUGAGAAGUUCCUUAUCAGCCGACUCUUUGAUGUUGCAGAAGGUUCCACCUUAGAAGAAGCUUCAAACAACUGCAUCCGUUUGGAAUGGAACAAAGGAAUUGUAGGCCACGUGGCAGCUUUUGGCCAACCUUUGAAUAUCAAGAAUGCCUAUGAGGAUCCCCGAUUCAAUGCUGAAGUGGACCAAAUCACAGGCUAUAAAACACAAAGCAUCCUUUGUAUGCCAAUAAAGAACCAUAGAGAAGAGGUGGUUGGUGUGGCACAAGCAAUCAACAAAAAAUCUGGUGGUGGAGGAACAUUCACUGAGCAAGAUGAGAAGGAUUUUGCUGCUUACCUGGCAUUUUGUGGAAUUGUUCUUCACAAUGCUCAGCUCUAUGAGACUUCGCUUCUUGAAAACAGACGCAAUCAGGUACUUCUUGAUCUUGCCAGUUUAAUAUUUGAGGAGCAGCAAUCAUUAGAAGUCAUUUUGAAGAAGAUAGCUGCCACUAUAAUUUCCUUCAUGCAAGUGCAAAAGUGCACCAUUUUCAUAGUGGAUGAAGACUGUUCAGAUUCAUUUUCCAGUGUCUUUCACAUGGAAUAUGAAGAAAUAGAAGAUUCCAGUGAGACCCACAAAAGAAACAAUGAUUCAGACCAAAUUAAUUAUAUGUAUGCCCAGUAUGUCAAGAAUACUAUGGAGCCUCUUAAUAUUCCACAAGUGUGCCAAGAUAAAAGAUUUCCUUGGACAAAUGAAUGUUCAGACAGUACAAAUCAGCACAUUGAAAGCUUGCUCUGCACGCCUAUAAAAAAUGGAAAGAAGAAUAAAGUGAUAGGGGUUUGUCAACUUGCAAACAAGAUGGAAGAAAACUCAGGCAAAAUAAAAGCUUUCAAUAGAAAUGAUGAACAGUUUUUGGAAGCUUUUGUUAUCUUCUGUGGCUUAGGAAUACAGAACACCCAGAUGUAUGAAGCUGUGGAAAGAGCCAUGGCAAAGCAAAUGGUGACAUUAGAGGUGCUGUCCUACCAUGCAUCAGCUGCUGAAGAAGAAACAAGGGAGCUCCAGGUAACAGCGGCUGCUGUUGUACCAUCUGCACAAUCUCUCAGGCUCACUGAUUUUUACUUCAGUGACUUUGAGCUGUCAGAUAUGGAGACUUCUCUGUGCACAAUCCGGAUGUUUAUUGACCUUAACCUUGUACAAAAUUUCCAAAUAAAACAUGAGGUCCUUUGCAGAUGGAUUUUAAGUGUGAGGAAAAAUUAUCGAAAAAAUGUUACUUAUCACAACUGGAGACAUGCUUUUAAUACAGCCCAAUGCAUGUUUGCUGCUUUAAAGACCGGAAAAAUUCAGAACAAACUUACUGAUGUUGAGGUACUUUCUUUGCUGAUUGCAGCUCUGAGCCAUGAUUUAGAUCACAGGGGGGUGAAUAAUUCUUACAUACAGAGAAGUGAGCACCCCCUUGCACAGCUAUAUUGCCACUCAAUAAUGGAACAUCAUCAUUUUGAUCAGUGCCUGAUGAUCCUAAACACACCGGGUAAUCAGAUUCUCAGUGCUCUUUCUGUUGAAGAAUACAAGGCAACAUUGAAAAUCAUCAAGCAAGCUAUUCUUGCCACAGAUUUAGCACUAUACAUAAAAAGAAGAGGAGAGUUUUUUGACCUUCUGAGGAAUAAUCAGUUUAACCCACAAGAGCCUUAUCAAAAGGAAUUAUUUUUGGCAAUGUUGAUGACUGCAUGUGACUUAUCAGCAAUAACAAAACCAUGGCCAGUUCAGCAGCGGAUUGCUGAACUUGUAGCUGCAGAGUUCUUUGACCAAGGAGAUAAAGAAAGGAAAGAACUUAAUAUUGAACCCACAGAUUUAAUGAACAGAGAAAAGAAAAACAAAAUUCCCAGCAUGCAAGUUGGAUUCAUUGAUGCUAUCUGCUUACAGCUUUAUGAGGCAUUAACCUACAUAUCGGAAGCCUGUUACCCUUUGCUUGAGGGCUGCAGGAAGAACCGGCAGAAAUGGCAGGCUUUAUCUGAAGAACAAGAAAAUAAUUUGAUCAUUGGAGAAAGCAAUCAGCUCAAACGGAACUGAAAUAGAUAUUUAUUAGGACAUAUUGGUUUACAAAGAAGAUAUUUAUAUAGAAUAAUUUGGAGAUACCUAAUGUUUUACUAGACACUGUAUGAAAUAGGUGUAUAAUUUGCCACUGCUGUAUUUUAAAUAACGAGAAACGUAUAUUUUUGCACAGCACUCAAGAACACAAUAUGAAUUAUUUUUAUGUAGUCUGAUGUAUCAUAAAUGUAUAUUUCCAAUUGAUCUGCAACUAGCAGAUCUGAUUAGCCCUGCUUAAUAGAGGUAUGGAAGUGGACAAUUUUUAGGACUGCUUCAGAAAAUUCUUGGUCCGGAGUUGUAUAUAGUUAUUUAGUUUGAUCAAUGGCCAGUACUUUAAAAUUACUGUAUGUGGCACUUUCUGGUUUUUUUUAAAAAGUGCCUCUUCUUAAAUGUAAAUAAUGAAAAAGCAGUGUUGCAUUUGAAAGCUAGAAGUUACCAGAGAAGUAAGGUGGGCAGCAUUUGCUUGGGAUGGGGGAGGAACAGAGCACUGAAUUAAUAUUGCUUGUUCUAAGAAAUCUGUUUUUUUCAGGGUGAGGCAUGUUGAGCUCAAAGGCUAGAGUACAAGUAUCAAGGGAAUAUGCUGCAUCUGUGACUUUUCCUGUCAUGGGAAUGCUUGAGUUUUACUCAUUAUGUUGGAGAAGCUGAAGAGGAGCGCAAAUGAAAUUGUCCAGAGUUUCUUAAUAAUAAUGAAAUGUUUAAGAAAUACAUAAUUAAAAUUGAACUACUUAAAACUACAAGAAAGAGUACUUAAGUUGUGAAGAAGCUGGAAACGGGACAUGUAGAAAGAAAAAAAAGAUGAAAAUGAUCUUCAGUUUAUUGGAAUCAAAAUGCGGUUCCCAAAAUAUGGUCCUGCUUAAACUAGACAGAAAAAAACAUGAAAUCAACGGGGUACAUUAUGAAAAAGACAGACUUCCUUUUAAAAUGGAAUAAUUGCUACGGUUAUCAUAAAACAGUAUCAAAAACAUCAGAGAGAAGUCACAGCCAGUACUUCUUAAAAAUAACUGUUCGUAUUUUUUUAAGGGAUGGCUUUUCAAAUGAAGAAUGCUCUAGAAUUUCAUAAGACUGUUUGAAUUUAAAGAAGCACAAUCACAGAAUUUGUAAAACAGUAUCCAGAAAUGGAAUUACCAAAAGCAUUCAGGGAAUUCUGUCAAAAGUAGCUUUAAAAAAAGUUAAAGAAUGCAACAACAGGGAAUGGCCUAGAUGAAACAAAUCCUGCUGACAUUCAAGAAAACCAGUAUCCAGGGUUACCAGCUAUCAGGCAAAAAGAGAACAUAUCCUUUUUGUCCUUAUGUCCUUUGGCUGACUGACAUAGCUUUAAAAUCAAAUAUUGUCCAGUUUUUGUAUGUAAUGAGCUGUUUCUUCCUGAGCAGCUUUUCUCAAUGGCACAACAUUUCCCUAAUAAAUGCUAAAUGUAAAUUAACAAGGACAGCUCUGUGACCUUAAUUAGUACCUUCCAGUCAGCUUAUGCUACUGCAUGGGUGUCAAACUUGAUCGUGUCACGUGACAUAUCAUGACAUAUCACAACAUUUUUUGCCUUUGCAGAGCUGGGGUGGGCGUGGCCUGUGACGCAUCUGGCUUAUGGCUGCCAGUUUGACACCCCUGUGCUACUGCCUCAAAUUGACAAGACUUUAAUCAGUUACAGGUAGUCUUCAACUUACGACCACAACUGGGAUUUAUAUUUCUGUCACUAAGCAAUAUAACGGUUAAGUGAAUCAUACCAGUUAUUAAAUGAAUUUCGGUUCCUCCAUUGAUUUUGCUUGUCAGAAGCUCACUGGGAAGGUUGUAAAUGAUGAUCACGUGACUUUGGAAUGCUGCAACCAUCGUGAAUAUAACAUGCCCAGCUGUCAAGCACCUAAGUUUUGAUCAUAUGGCCAUAGGGAUGCUGCGAUGAUUGUAAGUGUAAGGACUGGUCAUAAGUAGUUUUUUUAGUGCCAUCAUAACUUUAAACGAUUGUUAAACUUUUUUGUCAGUUUUUUAUUGAAAUUUUUGUUGUGGAUGUCAAGAAGGAUAACCAGUGUGUCUUACUUUGCCUUUUCAGCUAUCUGGUAAUCCUAACCAUUUAUAAAACAAUAUUUGGAUUGACAGAAUUAUUUUUCAAUAUAAAUUAUUCACAUAAAUAAUUGUUUUUUGCCACAAUACUACUAGAAGCUAGUAAUAGAAAAAGAAAACAUAUAUCUUUUUUUAAUAUGAACAUUUGCACUUUUUUGUUUUUGUUUUAGUAAUAUCAUCAGGCUUACAGUUAGGACAACAGCUUAUUAAUGAGGUAAAAGCUUUCAUCUGGUUUCUCUCAACAUCAUUGUAUUCUUAUAUCUUUAGAGAAGCAAAAGGAGCUCAUCUUAAAGAAACAGGAGCUUUAUUUAUUAGGGGCUUCUGGGAAAGGUUCUCGCAUUAGCUGUCAUGCUAAGAGCUUAUUUAUGAGACUCUGGAUCUGAAUUAACUUUUGGAAGAUGGUACAAAUAAGGUCAGUUAGUAUGAGUAUGUUUUUAUUCUGUGCAAUAAAAAGCAUUAUGAAAUACUGA